AGCAUCUCUUGCAAUGAAAUGAAGAUUCCAUGGCGAUGGCGCGCUAUAUAUACGGGCAUAGUCUUAGGCAUGUUUUAUCUCAAGUAUAGUUAAAAGAAUGACUUCUUCUCCCAGUAUCUUUGCUGUUCUUGCACUUGUCCUCCUCCUCGGAACCUCCUCUGCUCAACUGUCGACCAACUUCUACGCCUCCUCCUGCCCCAGCCUCCUUAGCACGGUUAAAAGCGCGGUACAAUCAGCCAUUGACAAUGAGAGACGGAUGGGCGCAUCUCUUCUUCGCCUCUUCUUCCACGAUUGCUUCGUGAACGGGUGCGAUGGCUCGAUAUUGUUGGAUGACACGUCGAGCUUUAUGGGGGAGAAAACUGCCAACCCUAACAAUAACUCGGUGAGGGGGUUCGACGUCGUUGACAGCAUCAAGACUGCAGUGGAGAACGCGUGCUCGGGUGUUGUAUCGUGCGCGGACAUAUUGGCGAUCACUGCAAGAGACUCGGUGGUGAUACUUGGAGGGCCUAGUUGGGAUGUGAAACUAGGGAGGAGAGACUCGAGGACGGCAAGCUUGUCUACUGCUAACAGAAACAUCCCCCCACCAACUUCUUCACUUAGCAACCUCACAUCCUCCUUCGCAAACCAGGGCCUCUCGACCAGGGACUUGGUGGCACUGUCCGGUGCCCACACAAUUGGGCAAGCAAGGUGCACCUCUUUCAGGUCACGCAUUUACAACGACACCAAUAUCGAUAGCUCCUUCGCGCAAACAAGGCAGUCGAAUUGCCCGAGAACGUCGGGGUCCGGAGACAACGGCUUGGCACCGCUGGACCUGCAGACUCCCACAGCGUUCGACAACGACUACUACGCGAACCUCGUCAGCCAGAAGGGUCUACUGCACACGGAUCAAGAGCUCUACAAUGGCGGCUCGACCGACUCGCAGGUGAGUUCCUACAGCAGCAGCCAGAGCUCUUUCUUCUCCGACUUCACCGCCGCCAUGAUCAGGAUGGGAGACAUCAGUCCCCUCACGGGCUCCGAUGGUGAGAUCAGGAAGAACUGCAGGAGGGUUAAUUAACCAGGGCGUGCCUUCUUAUUUCUGCUUCAAUAAUGUUAAGCUCCAAGCUUUGAGUGCAAGCAUUUGGGGUUUUGACCUUGUCUGUCAUUUUGCUGAUUGAAUCAAAGUCGAACACCUCGUGUUGAACUUGAAAAGUCAAUGGCAGGGGUGUCGAUCGAAUACCAAAUUUAAUACAGAGAUUCAAUUAAAUGAUCAUUUGCCAUCGUUGAACAGGACAAAUUGCUCUAAUAAUUUGAAAUAGACAAGAUGAUUGAACAAGUCCUCUUUAUCACUUUUGAAUAACCAGAUUUUUAUUUUUACCUACGAUAAUCUACCAUUUAAAUCGAUCUAUUUGACUAUUUUUCCUUAAAAUCUACCACGUACGGUUUCUGCUUUACCUCAUCCAUCGAUCGUAUAAACAGAGCCAGAGAAGCAGUCGGAGGUAAAAUUAGCCUGUGAAUUUGUCUAUUCAGAGGAGUCAACAGCGGGAGGAGAGGUAUUUUUGGGAGACGGCCAACUUCACCUUUCCUUCUCUUCUCCCUCUAAUCCACCUCCAAGCGACUCCUCCACGAAUUGGAGCUCCUCGGUUUCUCGAUCCGUGCUCACCACGCAGCUGCGUGGGGAGGUCUGAAGCUAGCGACGAGAGGAAUGUGCCCCCUGAGAGUGCUCUUGAUCUUCUUCUCAGCCACUGUGGCUGGUUUCUUCCUCCUCAGAAACCUCAAGACCCAGCCGGGCCUCAACGAGGAAGAGGAAUCCCAAAAGGAGAAGCCCGACAAGGUCCGUCGGACGAUCAGCUCGGGCUUCUGGACGUGCGUCGACAUGGCGAGUGGGAGGUACCUGUGGAGGAUAAUGGCGCCUGCUGCCGCCGCCGAGGUGAAGAAAGCUUGAUCGUCAUCGUCUACGUGGGGUGAGGUUGUUGUUCUUUCCCCCUCUCUGUUAGGAAACGAAAAGAUCGGUAUAGGGUGGUUUUCCAUACGGCGAUUAUCCAAAAUGCAACAAACUGCAGCUGAUGAUUUGUGAUUAUAUACGCUUAUUAUUAUGUUGUUCGUCAUAUUAAUCUGAAUGAUCCUUAACUGUCUCUGCUACAACCGGAAGGUCCGGAAGUUACGUAGGAAGCUGUGAUAUAAUUUAAUGAGACAUUCAUUCAAUGACU